AUGGCAGAGCAAGCAGCAGUACAACCAGAAAGUGUUCCUACUGUUGGAACAGUUCCUCAAGCAGAUGUACCUACAGAAGGUAUGGAUGUUCCAUUUGGAUUUUUUGAUAAAAAUACUUUAAAGAAGUUGAUGUUUAUAUUUAUGAGGGAUGUUGAUAACUAUGCUAGGAAUUGGUUUACUAAUUUUAUGCAUGCACAAACAGAAGAUGAUGAUCAAACUGAUGGUGAAGGAAAACAUGCAUAUUUGUUAAAUCACAAGAGAACGUGGUUUGAACAAUUUAAGGCUUCUCUUUCUGAAGCUUUAGAUGGAAAGAAUAGUGUAUUCUUAUUGUUAUUUUUGUUUUUUGGAUUUGUAUUUUGCCUUUUAUAUCACGCCUUCUUAUACCACUCAAUCAAGAGUGAACAUAAAGCCAAAAAGUUACAUUUAGAACAAGAAGAAAAUGAUGACGACUAUCAUCAUUAUCACCAUGCACCUCAUUUCUACCCAUUUUUUGAUCCAGAAUAUAUGCAUGAUCACGACCAUGAUCACGAACAUGAUCACACAAUUAAACCUGCACACGCUCAUGAACUUGAUCAUGGACAUGACCAUGGACACGAUCACGGACACGAUCACGGACACGAUCACGGACACGAUCACGGACAUGGACAUGGAGGACAUGUAUGUACAUGCAAAAAUAAAGCAAAAAAGAAACCAGGAGAACCAUGUGAUUGCCAAAAAGCAAAAUUAGAACAAGAAAAAAAAGAUAAUUAA